CAGGGGGAGGGAGCGGGACACGUAGGCGCGGGACGAAGGCGUCAUCCGCAGCGGCCGCUCGCGGGGCUCUGCUCGGAGUGGAGUGAGCGCGAGGAGAAGAGGAGUUUGAAGGGGUAGGAGGCGCGCGUGCUCGUUCUCCCAGGGUCAGUCCCCUGGCAUUGUGGGCGCGAGGAAGGCAGAGACGCACGCUCGAGGGACUGGGCUGUGAAGUGCGCGCGCCUGGUUGGGCGCGAGGAGGAGCUCUCACUUGCCGGGGACCAAGCCGGGGCAGGAAAGGAGAGGAAGGGAGGAGACGGACGCAGCCAAUUGGGAGGUGGGACUACGAGGUCUCCCACCAAUCGGGGCAGGCGGAGAAAAGAAGUCGGCCAGCCAGGGGAGUGCUCGUGGGACCCUUCUCGCCAAUCGGAGGAGCGGCAGCGGCGACCAAAGCCGGAGCAGCGAGCCAAUCGCGGGCCAGCCAGCACCAGAGAGCGCGGAGUCGGGGAUGUCCUACAAGCCCAUCGCGCCUGCCCCCACCAGCUCCGGAGCCGCCGGCACCAGCAGCAGUAGCGCCAGCCCCGCCCCCGGAGCCCCGCCGGUCGCCACGAGCGUCCCAUCUCCAUCUGGAUCUGUUCCUGGAACUUCUGCCCCCUUCCGACCUCUCUUCAACGAUUUUGGGCCCCCAUCAAUGGGCUACGUGCAGGCUAUGAAGCCACCAGGUGCCCAAGGUUCCCAGAGUACAUACACAGACCUGCUUUCUGUCAUUGAGGAAAUGGGCAAGGAGAUCCGACCUACCUAUGCAGGUAGCAAGAGCGCCAUGGAGCGGCUGAAACGAGGGAUUAUUCAUGCCCGGGCGCUGGUAAGAGAGUGUCUGGCGGAGACAGAGCGCAAUGCCCGCACGUAACAGUCACUUCCUCCUGGCACCAUCCUGUGGACUUUCCGGCCAAUCUGCAUUUUGGAAUCUGGAGAUUUUCCCCCUCUACCCCUUCAAAUAUUUCCAUCAAUCAACGUCUCAAGUCCUGGAACUGCCAUUCCCUUCAAAGACCUUUAUACUUAUUGGCAUCUAAGAAUUGGAAGCAUCUCCUGCUGCAUCAUGGAACUUCCCACCAAUUGGCACUCUGGGUUGAUGCAGAAACAGUUAUUGCACACACCUUCUAGUCAAUCAAUGCGAAUAAUGGCUGGUAGCAAGUCUAUGGCUUUAUAAAAUGUGUGUGGGGGUUUUAUAAAUAAAAGGAAAGCUUUGGAAUUUGGAUUUUCUCUUCUUCACUGUGGCUUUUUUAAAAAAACGAAUUCAGGUGGUGAUGAAGGAAAUAGUUUCUUUCUCACGAAGACAUUAUUGAGGGUCUGUAGUGCAAGAGUAUCUUCCUUAGUAAAGCAGCAUGAGGCUCUGCCUACCACUUGUAAUGGAAGCCUCAGCCAGCAGUCACUGAGCCUGUAUUGGAAAACUUGUAAUAAAAUAUUUCUACUCCUA